AUGGCUCCUAUUUCGAUCGCGGACCUCGUGGCCGCUCUCCCCGCGGAGGACUCUUGGGGUCCCUCCGUCUCUGGUGACAACAUGCUCAACGGUGUGCCCUAUGCUCCCUUCUCUAAGGGUGACAAGUUGGGCCGCAUGGCCGACUGGACUGCCGAGUCCAAGGACCGUAACAACCAGGGCCGCCAGCAGUACAACCGUAACUUCAGAGAUCAGCAGGUUUAUGGUGCUGGUUCCUCCAGCCUGUUCACUGUCCAGGCCGCCGAGGAUGAGUCCUCUUUCUCCGUUGUCGACAACACCCGCACAUCCACCAAGCGCACUUUCGGUCGUGGCGGUGGUACCGUUUUCCGUGGCCGUGGUGGCCAGCGUGGUGGUCCCGUUGGACAGCGUGGUGGACGUGGUGGCUUCCAGCGCGCCGGUGCUGGUGGCCGUGGUCAGGGUGACCGCUACUACGAUAACCGCGGUAAUCGCGGUAACCGUGGCCGUCGCUUUGGCUGGAAGGAUUACGACAAGCCUCAGCGCACUCGUGAGGCUUCCGUCAAUAUUCGCCCCGACUGGCAGAUGCUGGAGGAGGUUGACUUCAACCGUCUGUCCAAGCUGAACCUUGAGACCCCCGAGGGUGAGGAUAUCGACACUUACGGUUUCCUGCACUACUACGACCGAUCCUACGACCGCCCUCCCGUCAAGAACGCCGAGCGCAGACUCCAGGCUCUCGAGCGUGCCGCCUACAACGUUACCACAUCGCAGGAUCCCAUUCUCCACGAGCUUUCCGAGAAGAGCGAGGCUACCGUUUUCGCUACCGCCGACAUCCUGUCCAUGCUCAUGUGUGCUACACGCAGUGUCUACUCUUGGGAUAUUGUUAUCACUCACCAGGGUGGCAAGAUCUUCUUCGACAAGCGCCCUGGUGCCUCCAUGGAUCUCGUCAGUGUUAACGAGAACGCUCAGGAUGCCCCUCUUGAGGUUGCUGAGGCCUCUGGCAAGCAAGAGCAGAUCAACACCCCUGGCGCUCUUGCCAUGGAAGCUACUUUCAUCAACCACAACUUCGCUCUGCAGACUGUGACCGAGUCUGAGGAGGCCAAGAUCUCCUUCGCUCAGCCCAACCCCUUCUAUAACGAGGCCGAGGAGACCGAGCCUCUCGCCUCCAAGGGUUACAAGUACCGCCGCUUCGACAUCUCCCUGGAGCGCGAUGAGGAGCCUCUACAGAUGAUCGUCCGUACCGAGGUCGAUGCUGUUAUGAAGAGCCCCACUGGCGGUCCUGACCAGCAGCUCAUUGUCAAGGCUCUCAACGAGUUUGACAGCAAGGCCAUUGGCUCUGGUGGCGCUCUUGACUGGCGUAGCAAGCUCGUCUCUCAGCGUGGCGCUGUCAUCGCCACUGAGAUGAAGAACAACUCCUGCAAGCUGGCCCGCUGGACCACCCAGGCUAUCCUGGCUCAGGCUGAUGGCAUGAAGCUUGGUUUCAUCUCCCGUGCCAACCCUCGCUCCGCUGCUGGCCACGUUGUUCUCGGCGUUGUUGGCUACAAGCCCCGUGAGUUCGCUACUCAGAUGAACUUGAACCUCGGCAACGGUUGGGGUAUUGUUCGCACCAUUGUCGACCGUAUCCGUGGUCUCGAUGCUGAGGAGCCCGCCGAUGCUGUCAAGAAGUACGUCCUUAUCAAGGACCCCAACCGCUCUGUGCUGCGUCUCUACAGCGUUCCGGCUACUGCCUUCGAUGAGGAGGAGGAGGUCGAGGAGGAGGAGAAGAACGAGGAGGAGGAGGAUGAUGAGUAA